CUCAAAUUCUCAUUGAAUCUGAAUCACUCUUGGUUCCCUUCUCAAUAACUGAAAUCCAAAUUAUGAGGCUCCAUCGUUUCAUGCCAUUAUAUAAUCUGAUGCAUCAAUAAACUCCAAACUGUAACUUCUACUGGGUGUCGUGAAAGCCAAGAUGGUCAGCUCCAAAUCGAAUAUUUUAAACUACUCGCAGGUUCCGACUAAGCAGAACAAGCACCUAAAAGAGUUGGGAGCACCUCAUGUUGAUUCCUUUAACUAUGCUGUCGAUGAAGGUUUACCCGAGGCGCUGAAAAGUCUCAUGCCGAUAACAUUCACCCUAAAAAAUGGGAAGAAGAUUCGGAUUGAAAUUCAGAGAGUGGACAUUCAUAUUCCAACAAAAACUGAUUCAAGUUCAAUGAAAGUCUCCAAGCUUUAUCCUAAAGAAGCCCGUCUGAGAGGAUGCACCUAUGAUGCUCCCUUAGACAUCACCUUUGGUUGGUCAGAAGAUGGAGUUGCUCAGCCACUCAUCAAAAUGGAAGUUGGUAGAGUGCCCAUUAUGCUCAAGUCUCGCAAGUGUAACUUGUCUCAGCUUAAACCAGCUGAAUUAAUUGAAAGGAAUGAACAUGCAUGUGAGUGGGGCGGAUACUUCAUUGUUGGUGGUAAUGAACGUUUAAUACGUAUGCUGAUUCAAACAAGGCGUAAUUAUCCAAUUGCCCUGAAAAGAUCAACAUGGAAAGAUCGAGGCACAUUAUUCUCUGACAUAGGCGUUCAAAUGCGAUGUGUCAAACAGGACCAAACUGCAAAGAACAAUGUUCUUCAUUUUGUCACUGAUGGAACUGCCAAAUUGAUGUUCACUCAUAGAAAAAUGAUUUUCUUUGCACCUGUGAUGCUAAUAAUGAAGGCGCUAUUAGACUGCUCGGAUGAACAUAUUUUUAAUCACAUCAUGUCUGGAUUCCAGGAUAAUCUAUAUUUCAAAAGCUGUGUAUUAAGUAUGAUUCAGUUACUCUACUCAGAGAAAAUCGUUACGCAUAAAGACGCUCAAGAAUACCUUGGUGCCGCAUUCAAAGUAAAAUUCAGCUAUGAUCUGCCUACACUGGAAACUAAUGUUGAUGUCUGUGAUUUUAUAUUAAGAGAGUGUAUUUGUCCUCAUGCAGAAAGUUAUUUUGACAAAUUCCAAUGCCUAGUCUUCAUGCUUCAAAAGCUAUUCAGUGUUGUUCAAAACGACAGUUUGAAGGACUCUGUUGACGGUCCAAUGAUGCAAGAGCUUUUGCUUGGAGGGCAUUUAUAUCUUCAGGCUCUCAAGGAUAAAUUACAAAGUUUGCUGUACAUUAUCAAGGAGAACAUAGUGAAACGAGACAAUCCGAAGUAUAAUCUAAAUCCUCUGGAACUCCGAUCCAGUAUCAGUAAAUGCAAUAAGUAUAUCGAAUUGCGAAUGAAGACGUUGAUAGGAACAGGAAACUUGACGAGUCUAGAUAAUUUAGGACUACAACAAAGUACCGGAUUGUCGGUGAACCCAGAGAACAUUAAUCGAAUGAGGUAUAUGUCUCACUUCAGAGCUGUUCACAGAGGAGCCUACUUUUCAGAAAUGAGAACAACAGAUGUAAGACAGCUAUUACCCGAAGCGUGGGGCUUCAUUUGCCCUGUGCACACUCCUGACGGAGCUCCUUGUGGUUUAUUGAACCAUCUUAGCAAAAGUUGCAAGGUGUCUCCAAUGCCAAAUGAAAGAUUAGUAGAAAAUUUACUGGGGGUGUUGUUAUCCUUAGGAAUGGAAGCUGUAACAUCAACUCCCUUCCGUCGAAAACCAAAAUCACAUUAUUCAGUCCUCCUGGAUGGAAGAGUAGUGGGUUUCCUAGCUGUUGAAAUCAGUAUUGACCUUAUCAAUAAGCUACGAGUGAAAAAAGUUCUGGGUGAAGAAGUGCCACGAACACUAGAGAUUGUCUUAAUCGAGUACAAAGAAAUGAAGGGUGCAUCACAGUUCCCUGGUUUGUUUUUGUUCACAUCACCAGCUCGAAUGAUGAGGCCAGUCAAACAUCUAGCGCUGAACAAGGAGGAGUUGAUUGGCACUUUCGAACAAGUAUACAUGGACAUAGCUAUUUGCCCAGAAGAAAUGUAUCCAGGACGGACAACUCAUAUGGAGUUAUCAAAGACUCAUUUCUUGAGUAACCUAGCCAACCUGAUUCCAAUGCCUGACUGUAACCAAAGUCCACGUAACAUGUACCAGUGCCAAAUGGGAAAACAAACCAUGGGAACUCCAUGUCAUAAUUUUCAUAGACGCGAUAAUACUAAAUUGUACAGACUUCAAACGCCUGGUUCACCAUUUUUCAAGACCUCCUUCUAUGAUGAGUUGCAGAUGGAUGAUUUUCCAAUGGGAACGAAUGCAAUUGUUGCAGUUGUCUCCUACACUGGGUAUGAUAUGGAAGAUGCCAUGGUUCUGAAUAAACAGUCAGUAGAAAGGGGAUUUGCAUACGGGUCUUUACUCAUGUCUGAAGUCAUUGAAUUGAAAAAUGUCUCCUCCGCCUUUGAGCGAGAUCCCAAAAGAGAAAUGCUUGCGGAGUUCCUAGAUAUAGAUGGACUGCCCUAUCCUGGCGCCAGACUUUUGAAAGGCAAUCCUCUGUAUUGCUACUUUGAUGCUAAAACUCAAAAUUAUGCUGUAGGCUAUUUGAAAGCUAAAGACGAAAUUUAUGUUGAAAAUGUCCGAGUAACCAUUGAUACCAACGAACAAGCCAAACAGCUGAAUAUUUUGAAAGCCAGCAUAACAUAUCGAGUCCCAAGAGCUCCGUCUGUUGGUGACAAAUUUGCGAGUCGAGCUGGGCAAAAAGGAAUUUGUAGUUAUCUAUGGGCAUCUGAAGACUUGCCUUUCACGGAAAGUGGUCUAGUCCCAGACAUUGUUUUCAACCCCCACGGUUUUCCCUCUCGUAUGACCAUCGCCAUGAUGAUUGAAAUGAUGGCUGGAAAAUCUGCAGCAUUGCAUGGUAUGAAGUACGAUGCAACACCCUUCAAAUUCAACGAGGAAAAUACGGCAAUUGAUUAUUUUGGGAAGCUGUUGGAAGCAGGUGGUUUCAAUUAUUAUGGCACUGAACGCAUGUACAGUGGGACCAAUGGAAGAGAAAUGAAGGCAUCAAUAUUUUUUGGUAUUGUUCACUACCAGAGACUGAGACACAUGGUUGCUGAUAAAUGGCAGGUAAGAAGCACUGGCCCAAUUGAUAGUUUAACCAGGCAGCCCAUUAAAGGUCGUAAAAAAGGUGGUGGAGUCAGGUUCGGAGAGAUGGAACGUGAUUCUCUCUUAUCUCACGGUGCUGCUUACCUUCUCCAAGACAGACUUUUCUUAAAUUCGGAUAGAACAACAGUUAUUGUUUGCAGUAAAUGUGGCUCACUCAUUGGACCAGUCAUUACAAGGUCAGAAAUAAUCAAAGAUCAUUCCGAGACUCAAAUCAAGUGUAGUUUAUGUAAAGAUUCAAGUCACAUUAGAAAUAUGGAAGUCCCCUAUAUUCUUAAAUAUUUAAUUGCUGAGCUAAGUUCUGUGAAUAUUUAUAUCCACCUAAAGACAAGUGAUGUAUGUAAAGCUGUUUGAAUUUCCCUCAAUGAAAUGAAUUUUUAAUUUCCAC